AUGGGGGUCUCCACAAUAGCUUUGCGGGGGCCAGUAGAAGCCUCCGUGAACCCCGUUGGAGUGGAAACACCCCACUCGGCAGAACACUGCUGCGACGAUGGACCUCUGGUGACGCAUCCCCUGCAUAGGAGCAAACCGUUCUGGCCCCCAUAUUUCCGCGUUUUGGCAUUGACGUUCGCCUCUUUGGCAGUGCUGUAUUGGGUGUUACGCUGUUUCGACCGUCUGAGGUCUGGACGGAAGUCAGCUGGCACAUCGAGGGCGCUAGCCGACGUCAACGAAACACCGUGCCUUAGCGACCACGGCACCGACACAGAUAAGGAGGGGGGGGAAUCUGAGGAUGGUGGGUUCCCCGGGCCGUCUCAUGAGGCCCCGCAUACGCUGCUAUCCGAGCUUCCCGCGGCCCAAGGUAUGGAAACAGCAGCGGCAAAUGAGGCGUCAGCUCACUUUCCUCAGGAACGGUCUGAGGCGGAUGGCGAUGCCUUUUGGCAGUGGUAUCCAGAGAUUGCAGGUGGUGCAAGUGCGGGGGAGCCGUCUCUUCAGUGGAUGCAGUAUCCGCAGGAGCUCCAGUUAGAUCCGUUGCAUGCCGGUGGCAUAUAUUUUCCGACUGGAGACUUACACCAAAGCAUGUAUGAACCAGCGGAUCCUGCUGCAAAUCCGUUUCUCCAAGAGUCUUUUACUCAAGUGCCAUAUAUGUCUAUGGCACCCUAUACAGAUACCUCCUAUCCCUAUUCCCAAGAACUAAGUGACCAAGAGGCGGUUCUUCUCCCCUUCGAGUACCCUGAGGGAGCAUGGCAUCAAACUCCACAUAAUCCGAUGGACCCAGCGCAAGUGCAGUUCAGUCAGGGUGGGCUGCCCGCUCCGGACGGCGAUUCCACGGCCUCCGGUGAACAGCACUCCUUGCGAUUAGACCACAAUGAGCGUUUCCUGAUUGGUGAAACGUGGGAAGAUUGGGAAGGGCGAGGGUUGCCUCCUGUAGCACGCCAGCAGGCCAUAAAUGUUCUGGACUGGAUGAAUAGAAACGCCUGCAAGUGUAACAGUGUACUUCCUUUUCUUAGCACGGACCAGGGUGCGCGUUUGGCUCUCAUCACUUUGAAGAUCUUGACCAUGGAUUUAGGGGUCUUGUCGCUUCUUCCCGAGGAUCUUGAGCCUGUUCGACAAUCUAUAGGUGACGCCCUUUUAGAAUUAGUAGAAAGCACGACAUCCUACAAGGGAAAAGGGCAAGCAGAAAAUUACACCAUCCAAGAGGUAAGCAGCAUGGCCCCUCUGAUUAGGCAAAUCAUGUUGCCCAGGCACGAGGAAAGACAAAUAUCCCCUCAAAAGCGGCGAGCUCGGACGCUUACUAUGACGGGAUGGGUUCGGAAGAUUAACCAGUAUUUGGCAAGGAUGUUGUGGGAUUUGCCCGUGUUUGCUGAGUCCGCUUCACGUGAGGAUUUUGAGAAAGUAGUAGAGCAAGACAUUAAAGUUUUGGACGCCGUAUGGGUGGUGCAUAAGAAGUACGUCAACCGAGACAAACUCCACCGACGUCAUGUUCUGACCAGCCAAACAAAUUCCAACAACUGGAUGCUUUUGAGCCGUGAGGAGGUACAGGCUACCAAAAAAGCUAAAUUCCCCUCAUUCGACAAAAUCAUUGAGGAAUUUGAGCAGACCGUUAGCAAUGCUGGCGGAGUCCCACGCACUGCCUCAAGUGUUUCUGAGACUUCAGGGGAAGGUGCCAACAUCGAAGCAUAUUCCAUCGUAUAUUGGCCAUAUAACCCUAUAACCAUUGCGAAUACCCAGCCUGGGGUUCCUACCGAUCCACAGCAGAGCCACAUGAGCUCUCCAACCAAUCAAUACCGCCAUCCCGCAAGCAGUGAUCCCAUCUCUCAAGCCUUGUCUCCUGAAGGAUGGUUAGAUGAUCAAACCCCUCCAGGAUGGUAA